UUAUUUUACUUUAUAAGUGUGGUUUUUGUAGCUUGAUAUAUAUGUAAAGAGGUUUCUAAGUGUGAUAUCCAAUUCUAUGGAUUGACCUCCAUGAGUUUUUUCCAAGCUAGUUGGAGAGGUUUGGUCUUCAUGUACUAGCAAUCUAUGCAAGCUCCAUUCUCUAACAUGCUUGAUGCGGACUUUCUCAAUGUAAAAUGGGAUGAACAAGAUCCAUUCAUAAGUCUAGAUUGAACCUUCUAAGUGCCAUUGGUGAGUCCGUAUUGCAUCUGACCAUCUUCUAAGGGGUUCACUCCAUUGUUUGGCAUCUAAACUUGAUCUCAACCCUAUAUGAAUUCAAGUUUGUGGCCUCCCAAAUUAUUGAAAAAUUGAAGGUAUUUUUGAGAGUCCUCAACCACCUAUCGGUAGAAGUAGUCAGCAUCGAAUCUUCAAAAAAUGACAAGAAUAAGCUAUUCGACCUUAGAGCAAGAAUACUAGUGGAGAACCAUAAAACCUACCCUCAUUGAUACUUAUCAGCAACCUACUUGACCCAGGUUCUUCAAAAUACCAGCUUGAGCUAAGUGGUCUACCCUGACAAUGCAAUCGGUGUAGAGGGAGAGACCACCAUGUUCGUUAUUGCCCCAUCUCCUAAGCCAAACCACCAAGACCCAAGGAUAAGCCUAAGCAGACUCCAACAGCCAUGCUUGCUGAAAGAUUGUAGUGUAUACAUCAGCCAACCUAGUAAAGAAGCACAUAGUCUCGAAGGUCACUCUUCCCAGGGUUCCCCAGAGACCAGAACCAUGGAAUAAACUGGUAUGGCAAUCAAAAAUAACAUAAUCACCGAAAGCUACACCGGGACCACCAUUCACAAAAAUAGCUCACUUGGAUACUACAGAAAUACAACCAAACUUCUGAAAGACCCUGGGAUUACCCAAAGAACUUCAAACCAGGAAAACCAAUUGGGUUAUGAGGUACUACAGCAAAACCAAUUUGAAAACUUCCCGAUUUGCACCAUAGUCGCUGGAUUUCCUUGUAUGCCUCUUGAUCAGGUCUCGUUUGGGGUAGCUCAAGUGGUGCCGUCGAGUUACUGCUUGGAUCCCACCCUAGGGUUCGCGGUGGCUAAUACGAUUGCGGCGGACCCUGUGUCUCUUCCUCUGUUGCUGGCCGCUCUUGUAGAGGUGGAAAUGAGUCGGCUAUUGUUGUCCUCGCUUGUGUUUCAAUAUUGUCAUUUGGCAUGGUUGUGUUACUUUGAUCUGAAUUGGUUGUGUGUUUGUGGCAUGUUGGAGUUCGCUUACUAUUGGAUUGCGGUAAUUCUAUGGAGGAGGCGGCGAUUUUUCUGCUCUUGGUGUGCUUGUGUGUCUGUUCUACUAUUGAUACUAUCUUGUCUGAUUCGAUCAGUGUAUUCAUCUCUUGAGAAGGGUGGUCCAAUUCGUUGUGCAAGAUCUGGUUGAGGCAGGGUUUGAAGGAAGAACCCUCACUGCACAGAUACCCUCACCAUACGUUGACCCACCUUGUCUUAAUGAGGCUGGGUUCCACUCAAAGGAUUGCAAGUGUAAACAACGCAAAGGCUUAUAUGGUUUAAGUUUACACUAGUCAUAACAGUUUUUACCGUAGGUAAUUACUUUUAUAUAUGUAUCAAUCGAAUAUUAAGUGAAUCAAUAUUAGGUUCUGAAAUCUGAACCAUAAUUUGGUAAAAAAUUUCUUCUUUGUUUAUCAGUUCAAUUUAAAUCAUACUUCUGAUUGAUCCGAAAAUAUAAAAAGAAAAGAUAAAAGAAAAUUAGAUUGCUCUGCAGACAAUUCUGUGUGCAUGAAAGUUUUUUUUAUGAUAUAGAAUUUUUUUAUUUUUUUUCAUUGAGUGAUUGGAAGUA